UUUCCUCUCUCUCUAACCUUAAAAGCUCCACGUCCGAGUCCCUCGGUCUUGGCCGACCUGUUCCGACCCGGAAAAUAUGGAUCCCGAAGGUGGAUCCGCCGGAUCUUGUUACUACUCCGUUCUCGGAAUUCGCAGAGACGCCUCCUCCUCCGAUAUUCGCACCGCAUAUCGGAAACUCGCUCUGAAGUGGCACCCGGACCGGUGGGCGAAGAAUCAGGCGCUGGCCGGCGAGGCGAAGCGGCGGUUCCAGCAAAUCCAGGAGGCUUACUCAGUUCUGUCUGAUGCGAGCAAGAAGUCAAUGUACGACGCUGGAUUCUACGAUCCGAUGGAGGAAGAUCAGGAUUUCUGUGAUUUCAUGCAAGAGAUGAUAUCCAUGAUGAACAAUGUGGGAGACGAGCCGGACAGUGUCGAGGACCUGCAGAAGAUGUUCGUGGACAUGGUCUCCGGAGACGCGUUUAAUUUUGAUUUCAACGUCAACGCAAAUGCUCCGUUUGCUCCCAAAAAGUCACCGGUAGCUGGAUCCAACGCUGGCGCAGCAAGGCGCAGCAACUCUCGUCGCUAGUGCAGCCUCCAAAUGCUUUCUUGCUUGGGGAUUUCAUGGGAAUGUUGUGUUUAUUGGUGUCAGUUUAGGCAAUUUGGCUCAGUUUUUUUUUUUUUUCCCUGAUUUUUUAAAAAGUUAUGGAGGCUGAAAAUUGAUACAAGUCGAAUAAAAGCGCUCUUGAUCUUUUAUUUA